CGACUGUCACUGCCCUAGCUAUAUCAAUAUAAGGCAAAGCCUCUCCGUUCCUUCUUUGCGUAGAGCUGCUCGCUAAAUAAUUGGAGGAGACUUGCUAAUCAUAGUGUCUUCUCCAAGGAAAGAUUUGAGAAGGUUCCUCUCCAUUAUUUGCAGCCAUCCAAAUUGAGGACGCAAUAUGGACGACUACUCUGCCCUGUUCAUGGAAUGGGCCAUGGACACGCUGGAGCAGGAGCACCCAGACCCAGUGGUGAUCGUCAACGGCGACUGCGGCGAGGCAGCCUUCCCCUCGCUUCAGGCGCUCCGUGAACAGCGUCUUGUCUUGGAAGAGCUGAUUACGGGAACCAAUCCGGCAAGCAGCGGCAGCUCCGGCGAAACCACAGACGGCAGCGUAGGCUGUGGUGGGAAUUUCUCGUCCCCGGCGGCCAUGGAGCACGACGUCUGGCCCCCGUCCCCGCCGACCUCGGCCAGGCGCGCUCCAAGACUUUCCAUGAAAGCUGGGGGCACCAGCCUUCCCGUGACGAGCUGGAAUUUCUGCGCCGCUUCCGCGCUGCCGGCCAGUGACGACGGCACACUGGACAGCGGCAGCGCCGGGCCUGCCGUCCCGGAGAUGGUGUACGGGUCCCAGCCGACGAGGAGGGCCGCCGCAAGGAGCCCCACCGGCACCGGCCCCGUGUCGUCGGGGCCGCCGUACGCGCAGGACCAUAUCAUGGCGGAGCGGAAGCGCCGGGAGAAGAUUAACCAGCGCUUCAUCGAGCUCUCCACCGUCAUCCCCGGCCUCAAGAAGAUGGACAAGGCGACGAUCCUUUCCGACGCGACGAGGCACGUCAAGGAGCUGCAGGAGAAGAUCAAGGCCCUCGAGGCAGCCACCGGCCGCAGCAGCAGGAGCAUCGAGACCGUGGUGCUCGUCAAGAAACCGCGCAACGCCGCCGUUUCAGACCAGAACGGCUCGCCCUCGUCGGCGUCGUCGGGUGCGCCGGCUUCGAGGAACCGGUUGCCGGAGAUCGAGGUGCGGUUCUCGGAGAACGGCGUCAUGGUGAGGAUCCAGUGCGACGACGUCAAGGGGGUGGUGGUCAGGGUGCUGUCGGUGGUGGAACAAGGGCUCCACCUCAGCGUCACCCACGCCAAUGUCAUGCCAUUCACGCCCUGCACUGUGAUCAUAACCAUCACAGCCAAGGUGGAUGAGGGCUUCACCGUUACAGCAGAGGAGAUCAUAGGAAGACUCAACUAUGCACUGGAACAGCAUACCAGCUGCACUUCUACCGAAGAAAAAUGAAACAUGAAACAUAUAUCACAUAUUAUCUUGUAUAAUUAUAUUUGCAAGUGGUGAGAGGGAGUGCAUGCAGGCAUGGAUGCAUGUUUCCGACGAGAAUGUCUAGCUGAACCAUGCAUUCACAUGUUUCUGUGGGUGCAUCGACAGUUCGACACCAACGGACCAACCGCAAAGCGUGCUGAAAGAUGGAGCCAAGCGAACGAUUCCAAGCAAAACUGCGCGCAAAUUGUCCAAAUAGUAUAAUUUUGUAUUGCUACCUGAACAUCCCAGUAAUAAUGUUCAUUCAUCACACCCUCAAACUUUCGAUUAGCACAAAUAAAAAAGGGGCUUGCUAAAACUUGGUCGAGUCUCACUCAACCUUGCAGCAUUUUGUGGCAUCGUUUGCAA